AUGGAGACCGAGACGCAAGGCGCCUACACGACGACGGGGUCUAGACAACGGCAGCAGUCAAUCAACUCCACAACGAACACCAUGAGUACAUCACUGAGGCCCUAUCUGCAGUGCGUCAGGUCGUCCUUGACCAGCGCGCUUUGUCUUUCCAACUUCGGAUCGCAGACCAGUGAACGGCACAAUUGUCCAGAAGUGGAGGCCCAGACAUCUCCCGAGGUCCUGCUGAAUCCUUUGACCGUCGCCCGGAACGAGAACGAGCGAGUCCUGAUCGAGCCGAGCAUAAACAGUGUGCGGAUCAGCAUCAAGAUCAAACAAGCAGACGAGAUAGAGCAUAUCCUGGUCCACAAGUUUACGAGGUUUCUCACGCAAAGAGCAGAGGCCUUUUUCAUCCUGCGGCGAAAGCCGGUCAAGGGCUAUGACAUUUCAUUCCUGAUCACGAACUUCCAUACCGAGGAGAUGCUGAAGCAUAAGCUGGUGGAUUUCAUCAUACAGUUCAUGGAGGAGGUCGAUAAGGAGAUUUCGGAAAUGAAGCUAUUCCUAAAUGCACGAGCAAGAUUCGUAGCAGAAUCCUUCUUGACACCUUUCGAUUAA